GGGCAUUUUGGUACAGGUUGUAUAGGAAGACAACCCAAGUUUAGCUCGUGCUUUCAAAUAUUAUUGGUCCCAUAAAGGUAUAGUGAAAAAUGUGUGUGCAGAACUAGAGUGAUCUAUAGGUCAACACCUGAACCACCGAAUUGGAAAGUCUAUCUGACUUUUGUUGCUUAUUUUAAAAACUCAAAUUGUUGAAACAACAGUGUUAAAUGAAUGGACAAAGUCAAGCCCUGUUGGUUGGAACUAUAUUCUGGAUUCUUUUGUCAGUUGAAACAAGGGGUCUGAUAUCAGUAAGCGUUGGAGCCACAGCAUUGUUACCUUGUCCUAGUUCACGAAACGAUCAAGAUCUCCCCCACGUCAUAGAAUGGUUACGUCAGGACAGGCCUGUUCCAGUCUUUAUCAAAAUAGGAAAAUACCCGCCGCAUGUCAAUCCUCACUUUAAAGUUUUGGAGUCCUUAGCAAAUGGUGUUAAUGGCCAAGAGAAAACUAAAGGACGCAUGUCACUGCUAUCCAACACUGCCACCUUACGGAUACAAAAAGUAAAACUAGAGGACGAAGGAUGGUACGAGUGUCGUGCAUAUUAUUUCAAACAUGCUGUGGAAAGUUCAAACGGAACUCUAGUUCACCCAUCUAAUGGAACACUUACCAAACUUUACGUAACCGCGCCCCCUGCCUUUAAAUCGACCCCACCACCCUCAACCGUGGCUCGUGUUCGUGAAUCGUUACUUCUGCAAUGUCGUGUUGUCGGGAAACCCCCUCCUGACGUCACAUGGAGGAAGGAUGGCUGGUUGUUGCAAAACGGCGAGAAUGGGAUUAAAAUCAACGGAGGAAAACUUCUCGUUAGAUCACUGACUACGUCACAUCGUGGCAACUAUGAAUGCCAGGGCAGAAACCCACAGGGCCAAGUAGAACAUACGACAUCUGUGUUUGUACAAGCCCCGCCUGAAAUUACGGUAUCUCCGAAAGAUCUUGAUGCAAAAGAAGAACAAGACGCUUUUUUUUACUGCAAAGCAGAAGGAUAUCCAGCUGAUAUAAGCUACAGUUGGUUUUUCAAUGGGUUGGAGGUUGGUAGUUGCCCACAGUUACGCGGCCGGUUCAGAACAUUUAACGACGGAACAUUCGAAAUUGAGAGUGUUAGCAAAGAAGACACCGGAAAUAUAAGUUGUGAGGCUGCGAACGAUUUUGGGAUUGCACCACGUGUGACUGCACGGCUUGUAGUUCAAUAUGCCGCCCAAGUGGUCGAUAUGCCGCCAAUUAACUUCGCUGGAAUUUCCCUUCCUUUAAUUUUACGUUGCCCAUCGAUAGCUGAACCGGAGGUCAGUAGUGUAACGUGGAGGAAGAACGGAAACAGCGUUGGAAGUGGCAACAACGGGGGUGAUCGUGUAUUUGUAAAUAUCUCGGGAGAUCUCAUAUUUAAGGCCAUCCAGCAAUCUGAUGAAGGUCUUUACUCAUGUACACCUUAUAACAUAUUGGGGACGGGAGGAGAGUCUCCAAAAAUGCGACUAGUUGUAAAAAAUCCUCCGCAAUUUAUUGCUAAACCUGAAACGCAAUAUGAACUGGAAAUCGGGAAGCCUUUUAUUGCGUCAUGCUACGGAAACGGUGACCCCCCGACAACUGUGACCUGGCGAAAAGUGGAAGCAGAAAAUGAUUACUUCAACGGUGACCGUGUCUCACGAAAUCAUAGCAGUCUCUUCAUUACCUCUGUUUCCAAAUCUGAUAACGGAAUAUGGCAAUGUGUUCUUUCCAAUGCUGUAGCGAAUGUAACUACUAAUACGACAAUUAAUGUGAAAUAUACAACACCACAUGCUGCGAGUGAGGUUACAGUUGCGACGUCAUCGAGCAACGCGACUGUCAAGUGGGUGCCUGGAUAUGACGGUGGUUACCCGCAACAUUUCAUGAUCUGGUAUAAAAAAGCUGAACAGGGCGACCAUACGUGGUCAACGUCUUAUGUUGAAGGAGGUCGCAAGGUGGCGACUGUAAGUCGUCUCGAACCAGGAACAGUUUAUCAAUUUUCAUUACUCUCGGAAAAUGUUCUUGGUAGUGGUCCUUUUAGCAGAACUGUCACCAAGAAAACUAAAGUGAUUACUAAGAACAAGAGCCUUGCAUCUGUUACACACGUCGCAAUACCGCCACCUCGUGACCUUCAAUAUUACAUCGAAUCAGAGAUAAUUGUGUUAUCAUGGAAACCACCUACGCUCCCACCAUCUAUUAGUUUGCUAGGUUUCUUGGUCGAAUUUCAAAAACAAAACAAUAAUCCUGAUGAAGCUGCCCCUCUUGAUAAAUCUAUAGAAAAUCGAUCCAAAGAAACAAUGAGCAAUGCACGAUUGAGAAGGAAUUCGAUCUCAUCACCAGUGAUCGUAAAAGGACAAUUAACAGAAUCGGAUUCAAAUGCAUGGACAAUCUUAAAUGCGGUAGCCGCUAAUACGACUUCAUACGGCAUACCAGCUGGUAGUCUGGUGCAGAAUGCGAUUUAUCGAUUUCGUGUUUUAUCCGUUACCAGCGAAUCAUACGGAUUGCCAAGCCAAUACGUCACCGUGAGCACCGAAGGGCUUUCGGUGUACCUCCCCGCUUCACCUAUUGGGAAUUAUGCUUCCUCAUCCAUCGCGAAUGCUGGCUUGAUAUCCGGCGUUAUAACCGGAUCUAUAUUUAUAUUUGUAACCAUUGCCAUUGCUAUCGGAUACUGGCAUCACCGACACGGAGCAACUUCGGCACUUCAACAAACGAGCUACUUAAAGGAAGAUGCCGUAAAAAGCUUUCUUACCAACCGGAAAGAAGACCAAGAUUUUGCAAAAUCAGAAAACUAUAAAUAUGAUCUUUCUCCGCCUGAAAGCUCAGUUUUGUACACGAAAGAGCGAAGGGAGGAAAACAUUAAUGAUGGAGUUUUGUGGAAGAUCAAAAAGAAGAUUGAAAAGAACAAAAAGAGAAGAGAUGAUCAUAAAGUAGAACACUACUUUGAGAAAAAUAAGAAAGUGAAACGCAGCAAAAGUUUGUCACAACACGGUAAAGAAACAAGCAAAUUAUCUUCGAUUCAGAGAUCACUAGAUGGAAAAUUCCAUGUUUCUAAUGUCCGCAAGUCCGAUGCAUCUCUAUCAUAUUCCCCCGAUCAACCAAACCAAGUGACUUGGAGGAAAGCUGGAAGAAGUGAAAGGAAAAUGAGACCAAUCAGCGACUCUUAUCUUUCGAGAAAUCCUCCGAAGAUGUUUGAAGUGGAGGAAAGCAUCAUAGAAGAGGAAGGAACAUUGGAAAUUGAUUGCAGCAGAAGCAAUAUAGAAGUUCGGUAUCUCAGAGAUAACGCUCAAAGAUUUUCUACACGAAAGUGGGAACCGCAUUUCAAUUAUCCCGCUAGUAUGGGAGGAACACUACCUUUAAUGAACUCAACGGUGAAGUCAUAUGAACCGGGAUUGAAUUUACCACGUCAUCUUUCACCACGUGCUGACGUUAGUUUACAUUCCACAGACUCACAUCUAUCUUGUCCAGCAGCAGAAUAUGUUUAUCUUCGUGACAUAAAUAACGAUACUGCGACAGAUUCGGUAACUAAACGAAUUAGUUCGACAUCUCAUAUUAUGUUUCCGAGGCUCAGGCCAACUUCAACCGCUUCAUUAAAUUUUAAGUAUCACACAACUCAACACCCACGCCACAAUGAAGUUUUAAGAUUAAACGAAACGAACAAAAGGCAUCCUUCAACUAAAUCUCUCUCAACAAGACAAGUCAAUCAGCAGUUAAUCGUAAACACCGCAAACGAUUUUGCAACCUGUAAUAAUAGAAACAUGCAAUCCACACAACAGCCGUUGAUAGCUACCAAUUCUUUUGACACUCAGCAAACAAUCAAAGAUGACAUUAGAAAAACAAAAACAUCUUCGACGAUUAUCGUAUUCAACUUCUCUACCGACUUUAAAUCCACUGGUUAAGCAAAGCAGGACAAAUAAAGAUGUAAUUUUAUUUCGUCGGUCAAUAUCCGAAGAAACUCUUGGGUUACUGGUCUCGGAUAACGAUUCAGACCAACGUAUUAGUUUUACAUCGGGAAGCGCAAGCACUGUUCGCCAACAGAACUCACGGGAAAAUGUAGCUGAUGCCAAACCUAUAUGCAAGACAAAUAAUUAUCCCCAUGGUGAUGAACAUCGGAAGGAAAUAUCAAUGACAGAUUCUGCUCAUCACUCAUUUAAACAAAGUCCUCCAGAGAUGGGUAGUAGCAGCGGGUAUGACAGUUUAAACUGUUCAUCAUCAGACGCAUCACAUCGAAACAGCUUCAUGUAUGAUGAAAAUUAUCACCAUCAUGAAAAAACAAGCCAUAGUCAUCAUCAUUCAGAAAUACUCAACCGAUGUUUCAAUCGUGUUCCUCCCCAUGCUCAAAUUCAUUCACCCUUGCAUAAAUGCAACGCUGCAUUUGAUAUCAUCCAUAAAUCUGUGAACAUUCGAGACCGUUCCGAUGCUCGCUGUAGCAAUUAUGCUUCAUCGUUGGAAUUAAGGUGCCGUAAAGAUACGUCAUCAGUAGAUGAGAAGUAUGAAUGGGAUUCUGAAUACGCAAUGGAAAGUGAAAUCAUUGAAGCAAUGAGAAAUUUUGAAAGUCUAAAAAGCACCGGAAAAGUGUCAAAGGAUUUGCAGCUUGAACUGCAAAAAUUUGGCAUUGCGCAAGAUGAGAGUUUACAGUCGGAUAAUUCGAAUUCUGAAGAAGCAAGAAGCAACAUAGUGUCACAGAAUGACUUAGAUUGGGAUAGUCCUUCUCCUGACGAUGUAACGUAUACAAAGGCUAGCAUUGAAAAACGGUGUGCGGCGUUAAAGGAGGAAUAUAUGGAAUAUCAAAGAAGAAAGAACCCUGACACUGAUGUUAUAGGGAAAGACGAAGAUUAUUGAAAUUUCUUAUAUUUUAUUUUAAGAAAUUAAAAUCAAUCGGCGUAAACCACAUUUUUACAAAGCAUUUCACCUGCAAAUAAAAAUACAAAAAAAGUAAAAUCGCAAA